AUGGAGGAGCUCAUCGAGCCCCGGCUCCUGAAGAGGCUCAAGGUGGGCGAGCUGCGCGAUCUGCUCGCGGAGCGCGGGCUGAGCACGGACGGGAACAAGGACGCGCUCGUCGCGAGGCUCGAGGCGACGCGCGGCGGGGGCGACGGCGACGACGACGCGAAGCGCGAGGACGCGCCCGCCGCCGCGGAGGAGGACGCGCGCGCGCCGGAGGCCGAGGCCGAGGCCGGGGCCGCGGCCGAGGCCGAUGCCGCCGCGGAGGAGGAGGACGCCGACGCGGAGGACGCGCCCGCGACCGAGCCCGACGCGGGGGCGGACGCGCGCGACGACGACGACGACGACGACGACGACGACGACGCCGACGCCGACGCCGACGCCGACGCGAGCGAUCCCGCGCCCGCGACGGACGACGCCGAUCCCCCCGCGCCGACCGUCGCGGACGCCGCGGACCCCCCUUCCGCGGAGGAGACCGACGGGGCGGACCCCGCCGCCGCGCCGGCGGAGGAGACGGACGCGGAGCCCGCGGCGCCGCCGCCGCGGGCGCCGCCGAAGACGAUCACGUCCGCGAAGCUCGAUCGCGCGCGCGGGAAGCUGCGCGCGAAUCCGCACGAACUCGACGCGUGGGAGAUCGUCAUCGCGGAGGCGCAGACGCACGGCGUCCCGGACGGACGAUCACUCUUCGAGGAAGUCCUCGCGUCGCACCCGACCGCGUCGCGCGUGUGGCGCACGUACGCGGAGGCGGAGAUCGCGGGCGACGCCUCAACCGGCGCGAGAGACGACGAACACAUCAAGGCGCUCUUCUCCCGAUGCCUCCUCGUUUGCCCCUCCGCGGCGUUGUGGCGGUCGUACACCAAGUACAUGCGCAAGGCGAACGACGCGUCCACCGCGGUGGGCGCGCAGGCCAUCAAGGCGGCGUACGAGUACACCGUCGAGCGCGUCGGCGAGGACAUCGAGGCUGGACCGCUGUGGCUGGAUUACGUCUCGUUCUUGAAGGAUGCCGACGCGGCGCACCUCGCGCCCGAGCACGCCGACGUCGACGCGCACGCGCAGUCCGCCAAGACGCAGCAGCUCCGACGCGCGUAUCAAAGAGCGCUGAGCGUGCCGACGAACAGCAUCGACGCGCUGUACCGCGAGUACGACGCGUUCGAGCACGCGAACUCGCCGACGCUCGCGAAGAUGACGCUCGCCGACGUGAAACCUCGCGUCGACGUCGCGCGCGGGGUUUUGAAGCAGAGGAAAAAGCUGCACGACCCAAUCCUCGUGGGCGGGCUCGCGGGCGCGCCGGGCUCCGUCCCCGACAACACGACGGACAGGAAGUCCCCGAGCUUCCAGGCGAGGCGCUGGCGCGACCUCGUCGCUUUCGAGAAGACCAACGCGCAAGGUCUGGAGCCGGACGCGGCGUCAGGGGAGACGGCGCACCCGCAGCUCAUCGCUCGAGUGUCGCUGACGUACGAUCAGGCGACGAUGUCGCUGAUGCGGUAUCCGGACGUGUGGCUCGAGUACGCGGCGUGGCACCAGAGCGAAGGCAGGGCGGACGACGCGGUCGCGGUGUUGGCGAGGGCGAGGGACGCGGUGCCCGCGUGCGCCGUCGUCCGGUUCGCCGCCGCGGACUUGGAAGAGUCGCGAGGGAACGUCGAGGCCGCGAGGGAGGUGUACGAGGAGUUCAUGGACGAGCACGAGGCGAAUACGGCGCAGGCGGCGAUAUCGGCGGCGGGUGGGACGAGCGUGGGCCCCGAGGACGGCGCGUCGAUCGUCCCGCCGCGGAGAGAGCCGAUGGACGACGACGCGUUGUUGACCUACAUCGAGCACAUGCGAUGCGCGCGGAGGAUGGAGGGGACGCAGGCGGCGCGGAAGGCGUUCAUGCGAGGGAGGAAAGCGCCCGGGAGCAGGUGGGAGAUCUUCGCCGCGGCGGCGUGGUUGGAGUGGCGGUACGAUAAGAACGACAAGCCGGCGAGGAACAUCUUCGAGCUCGGGUUGAAAAACUUCAUCGACGUCCCCGCGUUCGUGAACCAGUACGCGGAGUUCUUGAUCGGGUGCAACGACGUCGCGAACGCGCGCGUGCUGUUCGAGCGCGCGACCGCCUCGGCGUCGACCGCGGCCGCGGACGCGGGCCCGGUGAAGCUCUCCCCGCAGGAGAAGGCGCGGAGGAUGUCCGUCGUGAAGGACGUCCACGACAUGUUCGUCGCGUUCGAGCAGACGCACGGGACGAUGGCGAGCAUGACGGACGCGGAGCGCAGGCGCGAGGAGGCGCUCGGGUUUAGGGACAACCGCGAGGAGGCGCACGCGGCCGCGGCGACGAUCACGGCGCUCAUGGGACGGCAUUCGUUCCUGUCGUUGCAGCCCGCGACGGCGGAGGAGAAGAAGCACUACGCGAAGAUUGGCGCGUCGAUUCCGAAAAGAUUCGACGCGUUUUCUUCGGGCAUCGGGCGACUGCCGCCGCCUCCGCCGCCGCCGAAGCCCGGAGUUCCGCCGCCGCAUCCGCCUGGGAAGCCGCGGAGCAUGGCGGCGCAACCGAACGCGAUCGCGCCGCUGCCCGCGCCGCCCGUCGCGGUCGGCCCCCCGGACGAUCGGUUCGAGCACCUCCCCACCGAGCUCGCGGCGUUCGCGUCGAGACUGCCCGCGCCCGACACCGUCAAGGGGGGGAGCCGACGCGUGAUGGCGUCGACCGUGACCGCGGUGAUGGACACGCUGAUGACGUCCGAUCUCACCCCCGACGGCGGCGCGGCGAUCGUGGAAGCGCUGAACGCGAGCAGGGGCGUCCGCGAGGGCGGGAGAGGGAAGAGGAAAGCAGACGACGACGGCGGCGGCGGCGGCGGCGGCGGCGGGACGGGGCCGCUCACGAUGAAGACGAACGCGCCGCCGGUCGGGGACGUCUUCCGAGCGAGGCAGGCGAAGCACGCGAGGACGAACGAGGCGGAGUUUCAGUGA